AUGCCUAGUGAGGUGAAUGAAAGCCCGGAAGUUGAGAAAGAGGGGAGUGAAGGUGAGGUUGAGAAGCUUCUUGAAGAGGUAAUAGUAGAGGAUGAAAGUGAUGUUGUACCGAGUCAAGAGAAAGAAGUUCAUGAGCAACGCAACGAGGCUAGUCAAGCGACACCCAAGACUUAUGUGCCUCCGGUUCCUUUUCCUCAAAGGUUAGCUAAGAAACAACUCAAUGACAAAUUCAUGAAGUUCUUGGAAGUCAUGAAAGGACUUCAAGUGCAUAUCCCUUUCCUCCAAGCCAUGUCUCAAAUGCCUACUUAUGCCAAGUUUCUUAAGGAGCUCCUCUCCAAUAAGACCAAGCUCGAGGAAAGUGCUACUAUUGCUUUGACCGCCGAAGUUAGUGCCGUACUUCAAAACAAGCUCCCCAAGAAGCUUGAAGAUCCGGGGUCAUUUUCUAUUCCUUUGAAGAUUGGGGACUUGGAGCCCAAGAGGGCCUUGGCGGAUUUGGGGGCGAGUGUAAGUUUGAUGCCCUUGUCCAUAGCUAAGCAACUUAAUUUUGAACUCAAGCCUACAAGGAGGGUCAUUCAACUCGCCGAUAGAUCGGUGAAGGUUCCUAUUGGAGAGUUGGAGGAUGUGCCGGUCCAAGUUGGAAGGGUCUUCAUCCCAUGUGACUUUGUGGUUAUGAGAUGGAGGAAGACUCCCAAGUCCCUCUUAUACUUGGGAGGCCUUUUCUUAAAACGGCUGGGGUUCUUGUUGAUAUGA